UACAUCUGUCAACAUGAAUACGAUUCUGUCCACAAGAGUAACCGAAGCCCCGCCCCCUUUCAGCAUGUGCAGAAGCGGAUGUACACGGAGGAGGUCAGGAACUUGAGCGAGCGGGCAGUGCCGGUCCCGAGCGCAGAGGAGCAGGACGCUGACCUGGGUGCAGCGCUGGGCGUCCUGGAGGAGGCGGCGCCCUCGCAGCCGGCCUUCGUGCCCAACAUCCGCAAGUCGUUCCCCAAGAGGAAGGCCCACUACUUCCGCAAGCUCAAGAAGUCCAAGAAAAACAAGAAAAACAAGAAGAACAAGGCGAAGAAGACCUCGACGGCAGGGGGGGAGGGGAAGCAAGGAGGCGGGAGGGGGCAGGGGAAGGCCGCGCCGCCGGGCCCGAAGAAGGACGCCCCCCACGCCAGAGGGAAGGGCAAGGCCAUGGGCGCGAAGAAGGAGGCCAAGUUGAUGCACGACGAUAUAGUGCGGCUGAAGAAGGCGGUCCAGAGGGAGAUGUCGGAGGGAAGGCGCGCCGAGAAGGCGAUCGCCGCCGCGCCGUAGGACUCUGAGGAGCUGCGUUGCGACGGAGGACGUCUUUCGGGGCACAGGUACCAUAGGUCUUCUUCGGGCUGCAUGGCACAGCUACAAAAAGAAUAAUAACUGAAUAAUGUUUAUUAACAAAAGGUAAACAAAAUAGCCUUAUUUGGGUGACUCUGACGUUAAGUAUAAUAGCCGAAGCUUAAGUAAAUUUGACCCGUGCUCUACGAUACUGUAUCAGUGUCAGCAGCUUUGUGGGGUAGACUGCACUGCGAUAAAGAAAAGUCAGUGUAAUCCUAAAGACUAGAGAUAAUGAAGUCUCCCGGACCCUCGACGGGCAAAUGAAAUCAGUAUCCCAUUUUUAGUUCUUUUUCAGGAUUUUUUUUCUUACUGAUUUUCAUAAAUCGAAAGACAGUUUGUUCUUCGUGUUUAUGGAAGUAUAAAUACCGUAUAAAUAUCCUCAGUGGGAUAUUAAAUAAGAUUAUAACACUAAACAAAACGUUAAAUAGAGUAAUGAAAUAACAGUAUUGUGUUACGAGUAUGCAAACAGUUGGUUCCAUGAACAGUUGGUUUCACUGAACUCGGAUCCCUUCAAAAGUGCUCCU